GACUGUCAGGGAGGAUGAAGGAAAGAAGGAGGGAGCAGGGACUAGAAUUAGGUUCCUGUCUCGGAGAAGUUAGGUAACAGCAUGUUGCCGCAGAGUUGAUUCCAAGUGGUUGCUUCAGUCUGGCAGUGGUAUUCGAGCGAACACCAUCGUUUUCAUUUCGCGCGACUCGCGUCAAUCGCAGGAUGUCAAACGACGCCGAUCGAAGGAUUAGGUGAACUUCAGUGAAUAUCGGUGAUGUGAUUACCAGCAGGCAGACCAUCAUCAUGUUCACCAUGAAAUCCUCAUUCAGUGUACGAGACUUGCUAGUGGUCAUUUGGUUCACGUCGAUGGUUCAACUUCGCGCGAGGUCAGCGAUAAUGCCUCCACCAUGGGCAGAUCCGUCGAGCAAUCCCUGCGCCGCACAACCACGUGGUUGGCAAUUGUUAUUUUGGCCGCCGGAUGGAAAGUGUUACAAAAUAUUCCAGAUUGGGCCACCGUGUCCGGAAACGAUGGAACUAGGUCCUGCAGCAGGUGGAGGUGGAACUGUGGCAGAAUGCAGAUGCCCUCCAGGGACUGCACAAUCCCCUAGAGACGCUCUUUGCCAUCCAAUAUAUACCAGAGCAUCUUGUCCAAGCGGACAGUUCUUUGAACCUGUACCAGAGACUUCUGGGAAGUCCAGAUGGGGCGUCUGCCGUGAGCCAGAGCCAUGCACAGAGAAAGGAGAAGUGUACUGGCCUAGAGAUGGCAAGUGUUAUCCUAAAUUUAGCAGAGGACCAUGUCCAAAAGGAGAAAUUCUUGCUACGGACGAAGAUGGAUUGACUAUAUGUUCCUGCUCUACAACUGGUGAAUUGGGAAGAUAUCACUGGCCUGGGAGUGUAGGUGGCUGUCACGAGCACUAUACCAAAGGUCCCUGUACAGAACCUGGAGAAUUAUUCUUGCCUGGUGGUUCGUGUGGUUGUCACUCUAGGUUACCUCAUUAUCAUGAACCAACUAGAAUGUGCUAUCAGUUAGGUGGUAUUGGUCCAUGUCUCAAAGGGCACUAUUAUGUUGUAACAAACUCAGCAUCCAAUGAAGAUACAGCUCGGGCCAGUUGCGUGUGCAAGCCAGGUCAUGUCCUCUAUAAAAAUGGAUUUUGUUAUAGACUCUAUACAAGAGGACCUUGUGAACCUGGUUACAUGUUGAUGAAUUCGACGGGUUGCGCUCCUGUACCUUGCAAACGUGGAAGAUUGUACAUUCCGCAAGAAAAAACAUGUUAUAAAAUAGGAACUAGAGGGCCAUGCCCUAAUGGACAGAUCGUUCUAUACGAUUAUAAUGUACGACCAUCUAUUGAUGGAAUUAGUUACAAUGGCAUGUGUGGAUGCACCAACAUAUUCAAAGACUCUGAAAAAUGUUCUGAAGAAAGUAACGAUAGCUGUGAAUCUACACCAGGAAUGGUAGAAAUAAACAAAACUUGUUAUAAGUUGUACACUCAAGGUCCAUGCACGGCAGGAGAAUGGUUGGUUGCACGAAGAAUGCCAAAACCAAUAUUGUGGGAAAGUAAAGAAUCAGAACCUAGAGCUCGAUGCGAAUGCAGGCCUGGGUACAAAAGAAUCACAGAAAAUUCAGAAAUUUCUGAAUUAGAAAAUAAUAAUCUCCUCUCACCAGGUAGUUGUCAACCACCUACGGUGAGCUUAGCAAAAUUUCUUAACGAAAACGUGAAGUCGAUAAACCUUUCGGUAAGAGAAAUUGAACUAGCAGUACAUUAGUGAUAAAAUGAACUGCGACACGCAGAAGCUGUGUGUAAAUUUUUAAGUAAUAUAUGUAAAUAGUAUUGUACAAAUGUGACGCGUGAAAUAGUUGUAAUAUCACCGCCUAAAUUUUCUAAGAAUUUUUAUUUAUUUAACGACUUAAGGCUAGGAAAUUUUUCAUCGUUUAAUUUUAUCAUGUUCGAAAUUUCAUGAAAAUUUAUCUAUGCCGCAGUAAAUAUAGUAU